AAUAACGAUCGCACACCAUUCGCGAAGCAGUCAGUCGUGAAGAUCAUCUUGAACCGAUCGGUCAGAGGUUGGCCUGUUGGCUAAUUGGUAUAUCUCGUUCCGGGUGUGCUUUGUGCUUAGUGUCCCAAAAAAGUGCCAUCACUUGUUAGAAAAGUGUUACCAAUAGACACUAUCGAUUUACGAUGAAUCCGAAGGUUUUCGCUUGUUUUGCCGGCGUUUUGUUGGCGCUAAUCGCGGCGGUGAAUGCCGAUGUGUCGCACCUCGUCCAGGAGAAUCCGGUGACCGAGGUGUGCCUCCGGUGCAUCUGUGACGCGUCCAGUGGAUGUGACCCGACGGUGCGUUGUAGCGGCGAGUCUUGUGGAAUGUUCCGGAUCACGUGGGCGUAUUGGGCCGACGCGGGAAAACCUGUUCUGCCGGGUGAUGCUCCCGAGUCCCAGGCUGCUUACGCCAACUGCGCCAAUGACCCGCAGUGCGCUGCUUCAACUGUGCAAGGCUACAUGAGGAAGUUCGGCCAGGAUUGCAACGGAGACGGAAUCAUCGACUGUUUGGAUCAUGCCGCCAUCCACAAGCUGGGAGGCUACGGAUGCAAAAAUACCGUUCCGGUGGCCUAUCAGACCAAGGUCGAUCAAUGUAUUCACUACGCGGCGGGAACUCAAAUCUAAUCGAAGACUCUUAUAACAUAUAAUAAUCGAUCGCCUGCCUGCUGCUCAGCCAAUAUUAUAUGGAUGUUCUUAUCGGAGCCCUCCUCAGCGAAGCGUUUAAGACAUCGAACGGCAAAUAUUCGAAAGCGUGAUUAAUUUAUUUUAUUUAAAUAAAAGUCCUUACCUAAAUCGUGAAAAACAUA